CAUUUGCAGCCGCCAUUUUGAUGGAUUUUGCGUGAGUGAUAUUAACUAAAUUUCUUAUUAGCCGUAAUUCAUUAUGUAAAAUUUACCGGAGUCCCAAUCCAUGAAAUCCACAAAAUAUCGCGAUCUAGGCUUCAAUCGUAGCGUGCAAACUGUGAUUAAAAAAUUGUGUGCGAGUGGCUAUUUGUUUUCGUUGUGUACGUUUCCCGUGAAUAUGGGGAGUCUCAUUGUAGGCUCAGCUUCGAUCGUUUGUUGUGCUCAAUCACUAAUUUCUGAUUUUUUAACAUGUGCCUUCACAGGUGUUUUAAUAAAAGCGUCAGAGGCACGGGCUGUUGUUUAACCGAAUCAUGGCUAAAGCUAAAUAUUUUUAUAAAAUGAAAGAGGAACCCAAAUCUAGAUACUCUUCAUUCUUCUAAAAGUCAGGCUCGAUUUUUGUAAACACAAGAGUUAUGGCUGAUCAUCUCGUCGAUGGGCCGCCUAAUAAGCGGCAAAAACUCACGGAUCCUUUCCAAGGACCCUCAGAUUCAUCCGAGUUUCUGACAAACACUGACAUGUUUGACCUGGAAAAUGAUCUUCCGGAUGAGCUGAUGACCUCCAGUUCUUGGGGUGCGACAGCGAGUGACGCUAGCGGUAAACCACCCGCCACAGGUCCUGGACCGGGGAUGCAGAACGGUGGCCUCAAUCCCCAGGAUGCAGCAGCAAUCCAGCGUCAACACGUAGUACCCCAACAGCAACUAUCUCAUCAUAUCAUGCCGGGUAAUAAAGGACUUGUUAACAAUUCAUUAGCAUUAGGUGGAGGGGCAUUGAAUAAAGCCAGUGGUAUGGUUAUGUCGAGCAGCGGAAUGGCAGGCGGCAUGCCAGGCGGUAAUGUAGUUGUCACUAGCACUGUUAAUAAGCAACCCCUGUCAGCUGCAGUUGUCUCGAUGAUGGGUACAAAUCCAACUGCUGGUUUACAUCACCAUGGGGUCGCUGGUCCUGGCCAGGGUCUUCAAAACGGUCCGAUGUUGAAUCAACGGGCUGUGGCUGCCAUGCAGCAACAACAACUAGCUAAUAGGGGUCAAUCCCCGCACCAAGUUCAUCAAUUAAACGCCAACCAGCCUCGAAUACAAGUUGCCAAUCUAGGCGUUGGAGGCAUUCCUAGUUCAUAUUUUGGCAAUAUGCCGCCCUCGUCACAAGUGGGUGUUGUGCGCCAAGUUAAUUCGCUUCAGCCUGCUCGUUUUCCUGCUGCUCCCAAUCCCUCACCACUAAGAGGAGUUGUUCCUGGCGGCGGCGGUGCUAAUGUUGUAGCAGGGGAAGCGCCACCCCCUCAAGCAGCACAGCAGCCUCCCGGAGGGCAGCAACCCCAAGUGUCUGGUCCCCCGCCAACAUCACUAGCAGAUCCUGAAAAAAGGAAAUUAGUUCAACAACAAUUAGUUCUUUUGCUCCAUGCUCAUCAAUGCCAGAGACGAGAAAGUCAGGCCAACGGUGAAGUGAAGCAGUGUAUGCUCCCUCAUUGUACAACAAUGAAGAAUGUUCUGAAUCAUAUGACAACGUGUCAACAAGGCAAACAGUGCGCGAUGCCGCAUUGUUCCUCUUCUAGGCAGAUAAUUACCCAUUGGAAGAAUUGUACGCGGAGUGAUUGCCCCGUUUGUCUCCCCUUGAAGGCGCAAGACAAAAAUAGAGCUAAUCCUAAUGCAGCAGCAAAUCAGGCAGCCGCAGUUGCAGCAACUGCAGCGACCGGCCCACCAAACCGAUCUCCAUCAGACAUGCAGAGAGCGUACGCUGCUCUCGGAAUGCCAUGUCCAACAACUAGUGGGACCCCUCAACUUCUAGCCUCUUCCGGACCUGCGGUCGGAGUCAGGCCAAGGCUCCCGGUUCCAGGGCAGCCCGGUCCAGCCCUCGCCGCCAAUGCUCCGGUCAAUAAUGCUUCCAUUCGAGGCCUUGCUACAGCGCAAUCUCAAGUAGGUGUUGCCCCCAAUGUAAGUUUGGAGCCAAAUUCAAAUAGUGGAACUGCCCAGCCUCCGUCAGCCCAGCAACCUCCUAACUCAGCAUCAAAUCUUCAGCAGCAAAUCUCAAGCCUUCCGAAUAAUCUGUUUGGACUAACAUCUAAUUCCAAUGAUCCAAAUGCACCUGGGCCGUUGGGUGGAUCUGAUAAUCGGUUGGCUAAUCUUCAGUUAACUGGAAACCUGCAAACGGGACAAGUUACCACCUCUACCCUAUAUCAGGGAACCAAAGAAUGGCAUCAAACUAUUACUCCUGAUCUCAGAAAUCAUUUGGUGCACAAAUUAGUUCAGGCGAUUUUCCCAUCCCCCGAUCCUCGUACUUUAUUAGACAAGAAAAUGUGCAAUUUAGUAGCUUAUGCAACAAAGGUAGAGGGUGAUAUGUAUGAAAUGGCCAAUACAAGGUCUGAAUACUAUCAUCUACUAGCGGAAAAAAUUUAUAAAAUUCAAAAGGAAUUAGAAGAGAAAGUGCAGAAACGGAAAGAACAGCAACAGCUGCAACAACAACAGCAGCAGCAGCAACAACAACAGCAACAACAGCCGUUGCAAGUCCAACAACAGCAGUUGCAGCAGCAACAACAGCAGGUUCUGUCGCAACAGCAGCAGCAGCAGCAGAUGCGACCUGGUCUCAUGAACAGUGGUGUCCGCCCACCAGUCAAUUCACAAUCAUUGCUCACCUCCUCUGGCUUAGCCACAGGACUAGUCAGCGGAACAGUACAGCAACAAGCUGGAGCCAACAAAAUGCCCUUCCCGGGCAGUACCUCGCAGAGCCCUAGUACAACAAUUCCCCCUCCUUCUAUAACUACUUCCGCUAGUCAGUUCCCAGCUUUAACAUCAGCUUCCAAUCAUCAGUUCCAGGCACAGAAUAGGGUAGGAACCAAUGCUCAAUCUUCGCCAGCGUUUGCACUUCCUCAGUAUCCCUCACCGUCUCCCAACAGUCAGACGCAAGCGCCACCACCAAGGCCGGUAUCCGUCGAAGCCGCUCCUCCCUCUACCGGAUCUCCGACCAUUGUUCAAAACGGUGUUCCACCCCCCGCCGCAAGCCCCAUUUCUCCGUCGACCAAUCACCAGCAGUUAGCUGCCAGCCUCGGCAAAGGGGGCGGUUUCAAUUCAACGCCUCAGCAAAGGCCGUCCAAUUCUAUGUCAAGUCAAAUGGCUGCCAUCACAGCUGCCCUCUCUAGGGAUGAAGAUUCACCACCCUCGAAUAAUAAUAAAGGUAAAUUGGAUAAUAUCAAGAGCGAGCCACCCGACGAAGAGAACCAAGAUGAGAAGGCCCCAGGUGAUAUGGAGGGCAAAGGUGGUUUUGGGAAGCUCAAGCAAGACAUGUCGGAAUUCAAGUCCGAAUUUAAGUCUGAGUUUAAGACUGAAUUCAAGAGUGAGCCAUCAGAUGAAGUCAAAGAAGAACCUGCCAUUAAAAGUGAACCUAGAUCGCCUUCUAAUGAUUCAAGCGAAACGAAACCUCCUGUUACUGUGCCAGAACCAAUCCAACAAGCCGCAACAGCCGACAAGAAGAAAAAAUGCCUUUUCAAGCCUGACGAACUUAGACAAGCUCUGAUGCCAACACUGGAAAAGUUGUACAGGCAAGAUCCCGAGUCAAUACCCUUCAGAACUCCCGUAGAUCCUCAAACACUAGGUAUUCCUGAUUAUCUAGAUAUCGUCAAAGAACCUAUGGACCUAUCAACAGUAAAAAGGAAGCUGGAUACGGGACAGUACUCCGAUCCGUGGAAAUACGUCGACGAUGUCUGGCUCAUGUUUGACAAUGCUUGGUUGUAUAAUCGCAAGACUUCCCGUGUUUAUAAAUAUUGUACAAAGUUAUCGGAAGUUUUUGAACAAGAAAUAGAUCCUGUGAUGCAAGCUUUAGGGUAUUGUUGCGGUCGUAAGCACACUUUCAACCCUCAAGUGCUCUGCUGUUAUGGCAAGCAGCUCUGCACGAUACCUCGUGAUGCAAUUUACUAUAGUUAUCAAAACAGCAGUCAAAGAAGUUUUGAAGGUGUCGGGGUUCUCUCCGAUAGGUACACGUUUUGUCAAAAGUGUUUUCAAGAUAUCCCUGGAGAUUCUGUCACGCUGGGAGAUGAUCCAACACAACCUCAAACGUCAAUUAAAAAGGAACUGUUUAAGAAAAUGAAAAAUGAUCAUUUAGAAUUAGAACCAUUUGUUGAAUGUGUCGACUGUGGAAGGAAACUCCAUCAAAUAUGUGUUCUUUACAUGGAAGCCAUAUGGCCCCAAGGGUUUACCUGUGAUAACUGUCUUAAGAAGAAAGGAUUGAAGAGAAAAGAAAACAAAUUCAAUUCCAAACGAUUACCAAUAACAAAAUUAGGAACUUACAUUGAAACUAGGGUAAACAAUUAUCUUAAAAAGAAAGAAGCUGGUGCUGGCGAUGUAACGAUACGAGUUGUCGCUAGUUCAGACAAGAUCGUAGAAGUCAAGCCUGGGAUGAGGAUGAAGUUUGUUGAAAACGGAGACCUGCCAGAUCAGUUCCCAUACAGAGCAAAGGCCCUUUUCGCCUUCGAGGAAAUCGAUGGAGUAGACGUCUGUUUCUUCGGCAUGCAUGUCCAGGAGUACGGUUCUGAGUGUCCAUGCCCUAACACAAGGCGGGUUUACAUCGCGUACUUAGAUUCUGUCCACUUUUUCAAGCCUAGGCAAUUUAGGACAGCCGUUUAUCAUGAAAUUCUCCUGGGAUAUUUGGACUAUGUCAAGCAGCUGGGUUACACAAUGGCGCACAUCUGGGCGUGUCCUCCAUCGGAAGGAGACGACUACAUCUUCCAUUACCAUCCUGUCGAACAAAAAAUCCCAAAACCAAAGAGACUCCAAGAGUGGUACAAGAAGAUGCUAGAUAAAGGUAUUAUCGAAAGGGUUGUUUUAGACUACAAAGAUAUUUUAAAGCAAGCUAUGGAGGACAAGUUGAUCUCAGCCGCAGAGCUUCCCUACUUUGAAGGCGACUUCUGGCCGAACGUGCUCGAGGAGAGCAUCAAAGAACUGGACCAAGAAGAAGAAGAAAAACGGAAGCAAGCCGAAGCGGCAGAAGCAGCGGCGGCGGCCGCUAAUGCUAUCUACUCGAUGAAUGAGGAUAGCGAGGAAGGUGCUGACGGGAAGAAGAAAGGCCAGAAGAAAGCAAAGAAAUCAAACAAAUCCAAAGCGAACCAGCGCAAGAGUAACAGUAAAAAGUCCAACACUCCACAGACUGGAAACGAUCUCUCGGCUAAAAUAUUUGCCACCAUGGAAAAGCACAAAGAAGUCUUCUUCGUCAUCAAACUUCACUCUGCACAAUCUGCAGCUAGUCUAGCGCCUAUUCAAGAUCCGGAUCCGUUCAUCAAUUGUGAACUCAUGGAUGGUCGGGACGCUUUCCUAACGAUGGCCAGGGAAAGGCACUACGAAUUCUCUUCACUCAGGAGAGCAAAAUUCUCAACAAUGGCCAUGUUGUACGAAUUGCAUAAUCAAGGACAAGAUAGGUUCUACUACAACUGUAAUAAUUGUAAAGCACAUGUUGAAACGCGGUAUCAUUGUACAGUUUGUGAUGAUUUCGAUCUGUGUGUUAAUUGUUAUGAUAAAGAUGGUCAUCCUCACAAAAUGGAAAAACUUGGCCUUGAUCUGGACGAUGGAUCGUCUCCUGUUGAUCAGAAGCAAGGCAAUCCUCAGGAGGCUCUUAAAUUGUCGAUACAAAGGUGUAUCAGCUCUCUGGUGCACGCCUGUCAGUGCCGUGAUGCUAACUGUAGGUUACAUAGUUGCCUGCGUAUGAAGCGAGUUGUCCAACAUACUCGGCUUUGUAAGCGCAAAGCUAAUGGAAACUGCCCUAUCUGUAAACAGCACUUUGCGCUUUGUUAUUAUCAUGCGAGAUACUGUAAGGAAACAAAAUGCUUGGUACCUUUCUGCCUGAACAUCAAGCAUAAGAUGAAGAGACAGCAGUUACAGCAGAGAAUGCAACAAGCGCAGCUACUACGUCGUCGAGUGGCCGUCAUGACAGCACCACUACCAUCGGGUGUCGGCGGAAUCCCCUCGUUACCAGGACAGAGUCCUGGCGCGUCCCUGUCUCCGGCUAGCGCUGCAGUCUCUCAACCGUCCCAGCAGCCGCUCCAACACCAAGCACCUAGUAUCGGCAUGAAGCCUGGAACGCAGACUCCGCCCGCCAAUGUCCUCCAAGUUGUAAAACAGGUUCAGGAAGAAGCAGCUAGGCAACAGGCGCCUCACGUCGGUUACGGCAAAGUAAAUCCCUCAGUCGGACCACAACCCAUGGCCCCACCUCCAAUGCAGCGGCAAAUGGGGCAAAAUAUGCCAGGUCUGCCUCUAAUUUCGAUGGAACAGUGGCAACCUCGCUAUCCACAGCCUCCGGGGGUAGCACUCCAGCAGCAGAACCAAGGUUUGAAGGUAGGCAAUCCUCAACUGCUUCAACAGCAACAGCAGCAAGCUCAACAACAGCAACCUCAACCACAGCCUGGGCAGCAACCACUCAUGCAACCGCAACCAGGCCAGCCUAACGUUGGGCUCAGGCAAGCUCAGCCCACAGCCAAUGCAGGGAACAAGCAAGUCCUCCAACAACUGUUGCAUGUCCUUCGAUCGCCCACCUCACCCGAGCAGCAAGCCCAAGUUCUUCAAAUCCUGAAGAGCAAUCCGCAACUCAUGGCAGCGUACAUCAAUCAAAGGAAAGUUUACCAACAGCAAGGCGCUGGAGGCGCUGUCGGUCCGGCCCCGCAGCAAGGCCCUAAUCCGCAGCAAGCCCAGCAUGCACUUUUAGGUCAACAACAACAGCAGCUGCAACCACAGCAAAACCGAAUGUUAGUGCAGGCCGUGCAGCAACAGCAAACACAACAGUUGCAUCCUCAACAGCAGCCACAACAGCAACCGCAGCCGCAGCCGCAGAACCCUCAGUGGUACAAGCCGCCUACAAUGAUGCGUGGUUACGGGCAACAACAGGUUGUGGGCCAAGCGCCAGGGCCAGCUGCUUACGGCAUGGCUCAGCAAAGGCUUCCAGGGAUGCGAGGCUACAGUCAAGGAUUCACCGCUCCACCUGAUGCUCAGUAUUCAGCCAAGCCGACACCUCCUCCAACUCCCUCUCCUCAAGGUGUAAUGGGUCCACCGGGGAAUCUGGUUUCCCAGCAGCAAUUGAUGCAAUCGCCGCCGCCUAUCAGGUCGCCACAACCAAAUCCUUCUCCGAGGCCUGUAGUGUCUCCACGGAACCAGCCUGUACAGUCGCCGAGAGGGGGGCCUUCUCCUCUUCACCACCAGGACAUGGGGACUCCAAACGACUUGAUGUUGUCGCAACUAGGCUCUGCGUCACAGCAGCCACCCACCAGUGAUACCGGCGAGCUAACGCCUCAGGACCAGUUAUCGAAAUUCGUCGAGCAGUUGUAGUAUAGAGAAAUGACGUGAAAAAUCCUUGUUUACAGCUUGUACAUUAACAACGAUCCUGUCGGUACUAUGUAUCCGGUUAAAUUUAUAUUUAUUGACUCAGUUAACUUUACUAAAGUGAUUUGUUAUUUAAAUUUUUUAUCAAUCUUUUUGUCUGUACAUAGACCUGUAUCAAUUUUUAGCCGUCUAAGUUUUGUUACGUAGUUGUUAAACAAAUUUUGUGAAAAGAGCUUUUGUGACAUAAAAAUAUUAUGUAUAUAUUAGUAAAUAGUUUUGUAAAUUUUGUAAGGCUGACGUCGGAAUGAAUUCUCAUAAUCUGCCUGGUAUUUUUCUCUUAAUAUGUUACAUUUUAUAUAACAAUUUUGAAAAUGUUUUAGUUUUUACGUGUAAAUUGAACGUUUCUGAGUUUCGCCAGGGAAAUGUAUUCAUGAUUCCCUCUCUAGUUAAUUUAUUUUAUCCUCUAAGUUCGCUCUUGACUCUCCUUUCUCUUUUCAUUCUUACCCCUCUAUCUCUAUUCCACGGAUCGGAUCGAUCAUCCUAAAUUUGUAUUAAUUAUUGAUUAUUGAUGGUGCAGUGUAUAUAUAGUUAUACAAAUAUAUACAUUCUAAGCGGUAUAUUUAUAUUUUUUAAAAAAAACAUAUGUAUGCAAAGUAUUGUUAGCGUAGAUCCAAUCUUUUAAAGCUUUUUAUAAGGCUGUGUUUGCUAAUUUUCUCAACCAUUUUUACGCGAUCAUAACUGUGGUGAGAUCAUUUCACUUCCUAUUUCUGUCUUUCCCCUUGCUCUGGGUGAAUGAAAAAAAGAAUCAAAUUUGACAAAAUCAGUCCCUCUUUAGUACGUAAAAUACGUAACUUAAUCUUCGCGACAUCAGUCAGCUUGAAUGCUCUUGUUCAAGAAAUCAAAGGCAGAUCAUCAAAUCCUUUUUAUUAGCAUUUAAAUCCUGAUUCUGCCAACCUAUUUUUAAACUUGAGAUACUUAACGCACUGUGAAUCCAACGUUCCCUUGAUCAUCUUCCUGUUUCUUAUCGGCAAAGACUGACUCUAAUCCAAGCGUCAUUGAGAACUUAGUGAAUGGAAAAACCAGCAUCAAAUCCAUUCGCCCGCGUUUUGCCUUAGUUGUGUCACCAAACUUCUCAUUGUCAGGUUUUUAUUUAUUUUUAAUGUCUAAUUUGAAAUGACUCCAAAUAUCCUGAUGAAGCAAUCCUUACUUAUAAGUCCAUGUAAUGUCAUUGUGAUGAUGGUUGACCUUGAUGUGUCGAUGACAGGUCUAUCUUUUCAAUGUUAUGUUUUCUGAUGCAGCUGCUAGAUAGGGAUGGCUCAGUAUUUUCCAUCAUCGAAGAGAAAGUUCUAUCUUUCGGUUAUCUUAUUACACAGCGAGAAAUGUAUGUAAUCAGUUUGUCUUUCCUUCCCAAGUUUCUGGGCGCUGAGAUCCUUAUUGUAAUAACUUGCGACUCUGUCAGAGAAACUACUUAGUGGUUCACAUACUUCUUUUAGCGAGGGAAGAGUCAAAUUGCUGGAGUGAAAUUCUUUGUAAGUGUGAGUUCGUCCAAGGCGUGUUUCACAUCUUUUGUUAAAGAUUCGCCGUAGUGAAUUUCAUAUUCAAUAAUUUUUUAGUCUUUAUCUAUUGUGACCAUUCUCUCAGACAGGAUUUUGAGUGGUAAAACCAUUUAAAGCGCGGAUAUUUAGAAAAACACAUCUUGAGUACCCUGAAACCAUAGCAUUUGAUUCAUUAAGCUUGUGGCUCGUAUUUCAUCUUUUUAAUCCAUCAAUGUGAUUAUUUCUCGUUGAGUAAUAUUUUUCCCACAGAUUUUAAGUGACAUCUGCAAACACUGAUAGCCAUUACUGAUCUAAAAUGUUGAGAUCAGAAUGAUUAUGUAGUCUUGCCAGUGAGGUGAUCGACUCUUCGUUGACCUCUGAGCAAUUAUUUGUUGAAGUUUCUUACUUUUUUGACCGUCCUACAUGCAGCUGUUUUAAUUUGGAGUUACUCCUCUUCAUGAGUUUUGUUUUUAGUUUUUAUUACUUUUUUAUUAUAUCCUAAUUAUCAUCAUUGUCAACGCUAUCAAUUUAUCAGAAGACUCGACCAGAAAUAAUCUGCUCCUUGUUGAGAUGAGCGCAACAAGUCAACACCGUGUCAAUGUUAGUCAACUAAUCAAACAAGGACAUUUGUAAUAUAUAUACAUAAUUAUGAAUAAAUCUAAUUUUCAAAGAUGAA